AAAUAAUUCAAAGUAGAACAUGAUAAAUUUUUCAUAGAAAGCAAAUUUAAAGUAUUUCUGGACUUUUAAUGUUUUCAAUGUUGACUAUACAUUCGAAAAUUAAUGUCUGAAAUUUAAAAGAACAUAAAAUAGUUAAGGAUAUAUACAUAUUUGUAUAAUGGAUGCUAAUCUUAUGUACGAAAGAAAAGAACAAUCAGUUUUGUACGCUUCAUUUCCGUACAUAAAUGAUUUACGUUGUGCAGUUUGUAAAAUUGAUUUUAUUGAAGUUCAUGAUUCGGCAAAAUCAAAUUUUCAUUGGCAAACAUUAAAAUGCCGAUUACUUAUUCAUUUAAUAUCUGACGUUAUUGCCUCACCAAUAUCGGGAACAGAACGGUGUAUAUUUGUUAUUGGAUAUAAAAAACUUUUUGAAACUGGAAAAUUGGAAAGAAUUUUAAAAAAUUUUAAACUAGUGUAUCAAGGAUUACGGUCGGUUACUAUGGAGCUUUACAAAAAUUGUCUUAUCUAUACAAUACAGACUAAGAUAAGUCCUUUAUGGAAUAAAGUUGGUGACUAUUUUGUUCAAGGAAAAAAUUUUUAUAAUUUUGUAGAAGGCAUUAGAGGAUUAAAAUUAGAUAUACUUAGAGAAGAAAAUAAUAUAUGUUUACAACUUCAUGCACAAAUAGUUAAAAUUCCAUACAUGACACUUGAAGAUUAUCUUUCACCAUCUAUCAUAUCUCACUUUUUAGCAGACCCUGAAGGAUAUAUUGAUUUAUCUCAUUAUAAACUUCCAUUUGUAUAUGUAUUACCAAGUAUGGAUAUUCCUUGCCAAAAAAUAAAGAUGGAAUUUUAUAUUAUGAAAUUAAAUUUUUGAUUCCUAAAUCUAAAGUUUUUACAUAUCCUCAUAUGUGUAUUGCAAAAAAUCCAUUAGAAGUUAUUUCCAGUAGAGAUAAAAAGUCAACGAUUACACAUUUCUUGUCUGAUAUGCUUGUGAAAUUACCUGCAAUUUGUGGUAAACAAUUACAAAUAUCCAAAGAUACUUCAUUUCAUACAAUGUCUUUAAAUACACAUGUAUCAUUUAAUGUAGUAGCAAAAGAUAGAGGAUUAGAUAGGUAUCUUAAGGAAAAGGAUAAUAUUGUUUCACAAUUAGAAUUUUCUGAUAAAAAUGUAAAAUUAACUGGAUUAACAAAAGAUACAGAUACUACAUCAUUAAAAACACAAUUAACUAGAAUUCAUCAAAUUCAUAAUGUACGAUUUGAUGAAAAUAUAAGAAUAAAAUUAAGCAACAAGGAUAUGGAAGAUAAUCAAUAUUUAAAUGGUUCGGAAAUUUCAUCUACACAAGAUAUAAGAAAUAAUUUCAUCUCGGAAAAUAUAUCACGAAACUCAAACAAUAAUUUUAUUGUACCAGGAAAAGAAACAAUUUCCACAUACUUUAAAAUUCAAAAAACGAAUUCUUAUGUUAAGACAAAAGAGGGUCAAAAUAUUUCUGUGGAGGCAAUGGCAAAAAUGAAUAAAUUACAUCAAAUGAAGAAUAGUGAAUUAAGUGAUUGGCUCAAAAAGCAUUCAAUUCCACAUAAUUCUAAAACAAAAAAAACUGAACUUAUUAACAAAGUAUUAUCUCAUAUUAAAAAUACACAAAUUUUACAACAAUUUCAAUGGGAAGCAGUGGUCAAUUGUAUAGCCUUUCUUGGGGAGAGUUUAGUUCAUCACUGGCAUCUGCGGUACAAUUGUUAAGGGGUCAUGGAGAUUUGGUUGAUGUGACACUGGCUGCUGGUGGACGCAGUUUCCCUGCACAUAAGAUAGUCCUUUGCGCAGCUAGUCCCUUUUUACUGGAUUUGUUAAAGAGCACACCAUGUCAACAUCCAGUAGUUAUGUUAGCUGGUAUAGGAGCAGAUGAUUUGGAAUCAUUGUUGGAGUUUGUGUAUCGUGGUGAAGUGAGUGUGGAACCUUCUCAGUUACCUUCAUUACUUCAAGCUGCUCAUUGUCUUUGUAUUCAUGGAUUAACGCCUCCUACUAUAUUGACCGAGAAUGGGGAGGAGGUACCAGUAUCAGCAAUACCUACAGCAAAUGAAACUUUAUCAAAAGAAACCAUUAGUCCAUAUUUUCCAUUGAAACGAAGAAAAAAAAGGAGAAAGUCAUCUUCAUCUUCUGGAAAAUGGCCACGCAACGUUAGUACUACUGAGAAUGAAAAUAGGACUGUAGAUGGAAGUGAUAAUAGUCGGUCGGUAAAUUAUGAUCACAAAGAUGAAGAUAAUACGGAACAUGGCGAUGAUACAGCGAACGAUCGGUUGGAAUAUUCGAAUCAUCGAAGUUGUCACUCGCCUCGUGGUCAAGAAGCGCAACCAGUGUCGGCCGAAAGUUCUCAAGCAGGAACGCAUCAAGAUCAAAUAUCGGACAAUGAAUCGCAUCUUCACACUUUAAUGCCAAUGCAGCCAUAUUCUCCACUACAUAUACCGCAAUUCCCUGGUCCUUUAAAUAUGGGCUUUCCUCCUGGUAUACCACUCCCACUAGUUACUCAGGGUUCAACUGCUGGAACAGCGUCUUGUGGACUGACAGGCAAUAUGAAUUUAUCUAAAAUACGAGGUGCAUCCGACUGUCCAGGUGUUUGUCCAUUAUGUGGUGCUACGUUACGGCAAGCGAGAAAUUUACGUAGACACCUAUUAUCCUCAUGCAAAUAUCGAUUUAGUAGUAAUCCGGUUCAGAGUUCCCCAGCCGACACAAUGAUGAUAGAAGUAAAGCCUGAAGUCGAGUUAUCGAGUUAUAAUGAGCAGUCCAUGACGUACGGAACUGAUAGUGGAAGUAGUACCUGUGAGCAAAUAAUUUGUAAGCCCAGUCCACUUCCCUCGCCAACAUCACAGGGACCGAAUUUGACGGAAUUAAUUUUAGGAGAUGGAUUGUCCAAAGCACGAAGCAUGUCUGAUCAACCGGCGUCGUGUCCACUUUGCGGGGCAAUUUUGCGUCAAUCACGAAAUUUAAGAAGGCAUUUAGAGCUUCUACACUUUGGAUUUGGUAGCAGUAAUAAGUCAGGUGUUCACAUGAGACACCGAAGAACUGAUAGAAAUAACGAUUUUGUUCGGUCAACACUCGCAUCCAUUUGUCCACCACAUAUAACAAGGACAGAUUAUUCAAGAGUUGUAGAGAACACCGACUUGUCGACGUUAACUUCCUUAUCCAUCGCUUCGACAGUUAAUUCCAACGCAUCGAAUGUCAGCCUUGCAGGAAGUUUGAUGGGAUCAGGUGUACUGGGAAAUGGUGAUCAAAGUGCUAACUCUACUCUGGUCUCUGCGUCAACUUCAAGCACGGCCCCUAUUGUCUCUGCCAAUAAUGGAAUUUACUCAUCAGAUGGUAGUGCCAGUAUGCUAAAUUGCUUAUUACCGUCGUUACCAUCUUUGCCUUCUCUAUCUUCUCCGCACGACAUGUUUCGACAUGGUGAAAUGUUGCGAGUUGGUAUUGCGUAUCACGACUCCUCGAGGCAACAUCUCAAACAGUCACAGCGCACCGAUGUCACCUAA